AGUAUACCGUGACACUACUUAGUACACUACAGCGUGUAGAGGCUGUCAAAGUGCGUAUUUUUUGUGGUUGAACAGCAUCAUGGACAGCAUAGACUGGGACCUCCUUUCCUCUUACGCUGGACUGCUCAGUCUUGCCAGCAUAUCCAUAUAUGCUGGUGCUUUUGGAUCCCUACCGAAACGUCCACGUAAACCACUUUCUACGCCCAAGGUGCCCUUGCAGGAGGAAGAUGAUGAGGACGAAGAUAUUCCUGAUCGCAUGUCCUCAGGCGAUGCGUGGCUUUUCCCAUUAGUCGGCUCUAUUGCACUAUUGGGGAUGUAUCUCAUUGUCAAAUAUUUUGGAAAAGAAUGGAUCAAUUGGUUCUUGGGAUGGUAUUUUUCCGUAGCUGGUGUAGGGAGCGUGUGGAAGUCUCUUGUUUCUUUCACCAGGUUUGUGGUUGGUAAUGACCGGUGGAAAAAAUUUGACCGAAAUCGCAUCAUGAUGCUUAAAGGGCCUAGAGAGCUUUUUUCUGUAUCUGCAAGAACCCCCACACUGUUUUUACUCCCACUGGGAGUGCUUCCUUCGUACAUCUAUUCCUUCUCCAAUGCCGAUCGCAAAUCAGUGCUCAUGACGGACAUUCUGUCCCUUUCCUUCUCACACAAUGCUCUGUCGUUACUCAAGAUCGAUUCCUUCAAGACGGGAUGUAUCCUGCUCUCCGGUCUAUUCUUCUACGAUAUUUACUGGGUGUUCGGGACUGAAGUAAUGGUCAAAGUCGCUACUACUUUAGAUGUGCCUAUUAAGCUAUUAUGGCCAAAGUCGAUGGAGUUCUCGGGGGCAAGGGGCUUCACGAUGCUCGGACUUGGCGACGUUGUUAUACCAGGAACUUUUGUUGCCUUGGCUUUACGCUAUGACUAUGAUCGAUCAAUCCGGUCGUCUAGGAACCCCCAAGGAUCCUUCAGUAAGCCUUACUUCUAUGCAGCCUUGUCUGCGUAUAUUGUUGGGCUUGUGACUACCAUGAGCGUCAUGCACGUGUUUGGAAAAGCCCAGCCUGCAUUGCUUUAUUUAAGCCCCGCUUGCAUUUUGUCGUUCUUCUUGACGGCGUUUGUUCGCGGAGAGUUCCGAGAUGCGUGGAGUUGGACGGAUGAACCUCAGCAGUCGCGGGAUCUAGAAGGGAAGAAGCCUAACGAAACUCUGAAGUCUGCCGAAGAACUCAAGGUGCCAGUGGUUAAUGGGGACGCAAGUGGCACCAUCGAGGACAAUAAGGGGCAAGAUCAAGGCGAGGAAGCUGGAGAAAUGUCCGACUCCACCAAGCCCAAGAAAAGACAAAGCAAGAAGAAGGUCAACUCGUGACCCUUGAGAUCACAUUAAUAAUAUACCCCUCCUACUCCGCUCUCUGCCUAACUGUGCCAACGUUUAGACGCUGAUGCUAUACAUUGUAUUCUUCCGACAAACCUGGGAAGUCGCCAAGGAAAUUGGCUGCUGCGGGAUUUUGGUCUGACAGAAAUACUCAAAUUGCAGAUCUCCUUCUAUAGAUAAUACAUUUGUCACACCGUAAAGUUAUACCGCGUAUAGAAUACAGUACCCUCUUGAUCAUGUAAAGCAUUGGCAGGUCAGCGCAUGUGCGGCAAUAAAGCCAGAUCUAG